CUUUACAAUGAAGAAAUUCUUGAUCUGUUUGAUACCACACGUGAUAUUGAUGCAAAGAAUAAAAAAUCAAAUAUUAAAAUACAUGAAGAUUCAGCGGGAGGAAUUUAUACAGUGGGUGUUACGACCCGAACUGUGAAUGGCGAAUCAGAGAUGAUGCAGUGCUUGAAGCUGGGGGCUUUGUCUCGAACCACUGCCAGCACUCAGAUGAACGUUCAGAGCUCACGAUCACAUGCUAUCUUUACUAUACACUUAUGUCAAACCAGAGUUUGUCCUGCGUUUAACACUGAUAAUGCCACCGAUAACAGGAUAAUAUCUGAAUCUUCUGAGAUGAAUGAAUUUGAAACUCUUACUGCCAAAUUCCAUUUUGUUGAUCUAGCGGGAUCUGAAAGGUUAAAGCGAACAGGAGCUACAGGAGAAAGGGCAAAAGAAGGCAUUUCCAUCAACUGUGGACUAGUAAGACUAUACAAUUUGUUUCCAUAG